GCAUAGUUGGCUGGCCAGCUAAAAUAGUUCCAGUGGCUGCCUGUGCUUCUGUUGGGCCCGGUUGACGUUGACAUUUUUUUCCCUCUAGAUUUGCUUUAAAACAUUCACAAUGCCAACAAUUAAACUGCAAAGUUCAGAUGGAGAGAUCUUUGAGGUGGAUGUGGAAAUAGCAAAGCAGUCUGUGACAAUAAAGACAAUGCUGGAAGAUUUGGGUAUGGAUGAUGAAGGAGAUGAUGAUCCAGUCCCCCUUCCGAAUGUGAAUGCAGCCAUCCUCAAGAAGGUGAUCCAGUGGUGCACCCACCACAAAGACGAUCCCCCUCCCCCCGAGGAUGACGAGAACAAGGAAAAGAGGACGGAUGACAUCCCUGUCUGGGACCAGGAGUUCCUCAAAGUGGACCAAGGGACCCUCUUCGAACUUAUUCUAGCCGCAAACUAUUUAGACAUCAAAGGACUUCUAGAUGUCACCUGCAAGACGGUGGCCAACAUGAUCAAAGGAAAGACCCCAGAGGAGAUCAGGAAGACGUUCAACAUAAAAAAUGACUUCACAGAGGAAGAGGAAGCCCAGGUACGCAAGGAGAACCAGUGGUGUGAAGAGAAAUAAAGGAGGAUCCUGCCAACACUAACACGCUGAAAGGAUUGUUCCAGUAACUGGUUGCACUGCGUUGUUCAUACUUGUUAAUAUUACAUUUAGUCUAUUAGAGCGACAGAUCCCCCUGUGUACUCGUAGCAUGACCAUUUCCAUUGCUUGUGUGGUGCAAAAUAAUAGAAAUAGCUAUUACAUUGUGUUUACACAUUUUACUUCACUUCACUUUAUAUAUUCACGAGUCUGGGUUUUCUUUCCUAUUUCAAGAGUAGAUGCACCACUCUCCCCGUUUUGAAUUGCUAUAGGAUUUUUUACUGAACAUGUUUACAUAUUUUUUGUUGUUGAGUCAACUGAAAUGACUCAAUGCUGAAUUUUGUAAUCGCAGCCUCUUCUGUGCCGUUGUCUUAACGUCAUGUUAGGGAGGACAUUUGAAGUGGGGGUGAAUGUGUGAAAAAUGUCCUGUGGACUGGAAAUACUUGUUGAAGAAGUAAAUGUGUGUUGUCUGUCACACAACUUAUGGUAUUUACCUAUUAAGAUUGGAUUGGGGUCUUUUCUCAGUUCUGCUCUGAAGAUGACAUUUAGGAUUAUCAACCAUUAAAUUCUAGGAGUGAAUAAAUUAAUUAAAAGAA